GAGGGGACCAGCGAUCCACGCGAAUGAAUCGCAAUCUUAUCAUAAACUAAACUUUUUUAAAUCAAUACAUAUGUCCGAUAGAUAUUAACUGCCGUUGCUGUGCUUUGGAGUUACUUUUAUUCCGAGAUCUAAAAGCCCACCGUUUGAGAUCCGUCUGAUGAAAGUCGUUUCGAAACUGUGUAACAGACCGGUGUCGUAAACUUUAAAUUCAGCAUGACUCAUAAUGAAUAACACCACGUUGCGAUGCGAGGUAAAGUCUGGGCGGCUGUGACACAAGCUUUUAAAUUUCCAAUGGCUCUCAUAAGGCGGAUGAUAACAAAACUGAUCAACCGAGUGUGGAUGAGCACGCUGCCUUCCCCGAAGAUGUCUGCUCAGACGAUGGUUGACUGUAACAGAAGGAAAAUGGUUGUUGGGCUGGGAAACCCUGGCAUGAAUGGCUCUCGACAUAGUGUUGGUAUGGCUGUGCUCACGACGUUAGCUGAACGAUUGGGAGCGCCGGAUAGCUGGAGGUCUGACAGACAGGUUUCAGGGGAGGUCAUUGUGACACAGCUUCAAGACAUCCAGUUGGUUGUUCUUCGACCCAAGUUGCUAAUGAACAUCAAUGGCGUGAGUGUGGCAAAAGCAGCCAGUAAAUAUUUAAUUUCACCUGAGCAUAUUCUCUUGAUUCACGAUGAGCUUGACAAACCACUUGGAAAGUUUGGCAUUAAACAUGGUGGAAGUGCAAGGGGUCACAAUGGUGUGAGAUCAUGUGUGGAUUGCCUUCAUACUGAUGUGAUGCCACGCUUGCGUAUUGGUAUUGGGCGACCAUCGGGGAAAAUGCCUGUUGACCGUUAUGUUUUAGGACGUUUUUCACAAGAGGAACAAAAUGUUCUAGACUCUGUCAUGAAGCAGAGUGUAGAUGUUCUGCUGACAUAUAUCACAGACUCACAACCCCAGACUUCUCCAGCAGAGGGAAGAAGAGCGUCACGAAAGAAUAAAUCCAGGACUCUUUCACCACCUCAGGACACCAAAGAAGAGCAGAAACAGAGCUGACGGACACAUUAGAUGUUUGAUAACUGUAUUUCUUUUCUGAAGGAGUUGCCAUGUUUAGAUCCCCAGAAGAGGGAAGGAAACUGUCAUAAAGGACAAAACCAAAAUUGA